AUGUUCGGCGUCCGGGGGAGAAGACGACCGAUUGCGUUCCCGCCGGCCGUUGGACGUGGACCUGCAGAAGGAGGCCAGAUGCCGUUGCCGAGGACGACCGCCGCCGUGCCGGAGCUGAUAAUGGCGCGCGUGACAGUGGUGAUGGACCCCACUUCUUUCUGGGCGCAAGUCGGAAAAGAGGAGACGCUGGCAGAGUUCGACCAGACGAUGGCUGCUCUCAGCAGGUGGUGCGAGGAGAACGGAACCAGAGCCACCUCUCUGCCCCUGGUUAACGAGCUCGUGUGUGUGAAGGGGGCGGGGUCUGGGGAGUGGCUGAGAGCCAGGGUGUCCAGACAGAGUUCAUCAGUCACCCUAGACAAUGCUAUUGCUGUGUUUGGUGUGGCACUGGUGGACGGACUGGUCUGGUCUGGUCCGUGGCACCGCAGCUCUGCACAGUGCCUUGUCAAGCUCUACAGUGCUCCCUGUCUGGGGCACAGCCGGUCAGUCUCCGGUUCCUAUGACAUCGUUCUGUGGACCGAUGACAUCACCCUCUCGCAGGUUGGAGCCGGGGAGGUGUGGUCAGAUGAAGCCAUAGCGAGGUUCUCUGACCUGGUGACUGGAGUACCAGUGAAGGCGGACAUCGUAAGUGCACAGGCAAUGGGACUCGUCUUACAACUCCAUGUCAGAGUUACGUCUGAGCCCGUGUCCUCUGUCGCGAAUCUCGAGGAAGAAAAAGCGGGCGACGAGGAAGAUGAUCGUGGCAGCUGUACAUAUCCUGCUGCAGAAGUUGAGCUGCAAGAAAAAGUGGUUGGGUUGGCAGUGGAAGGUGAAGAAGGCACGGUUGGUUUAGCAAUGGAGAGCGGUGGGACUGAGGAGGUGACGGUGGGCGAUGAGGAAGAGGAGAGAGUGGCUGGUAUACAGGAAGAAAUUUCGAUGGCCCAAACUGUGGAGCUAGUGACCAGCAAAGGACCGCUGGUAGUGAAAGGUAUGGUGGAGCAGGAGGAAGAAGGGGAGGAGGAGAGGGACGGGGAGAGUACCUCACCUGCUGCUAGUGAUGACGACGAAUGGGACGAUUCUCUCUUGGACCAGUCGCUAGACCCUCUUAGAGGAGGAAACCUUAUGGUGUUGGAGCUGCCAACGAAGUGUGUGGUGGAGGAGGGAGAGGUAGAGGGGAGUGGGGAAGAGGAGAGAGGAGGGGGAGGGGAAGAGGAGGAAGGAGGGGAGGAGGGAGAAGAGGAGGCCUGCAUCACCAUCAGUCUCAGCAGGGAGGCGGGCGACAGGGUGUGGAGUGGAGGUGGAGAGAGCAAGGAAGAGGCGUUCGACAGAAGAGGGGAGCUGGAAGGACCAACCAUAGAGAGCAGGGAAACUGAAAGAGAAACCAAUCAGAAAACAGCUCCACCGAAACCGACGGAGAGACCGUUGGCUCUAAGCCCCGUCCCUCCGUCCACUCGACCUGUGCAACUGUUCCCCAAAGAGGGUGUGGCCAAGACACUCGGCACCGCCCGGCCCCCGCAGGCAGGGGGAGAACCGACGGAGGGAGGAAGAGGCAUUCGUGAGAUGAACAGAGACACUGCCAGUAAGGAGGUGGAAUGGCACUACUGGAAACUAGGGAACCACAUGGAAAAGGUUUUGGCAGAACUUGCACCUGAAAAUGCGGAGAGUUUCGGAAAUGAAGUACAGUCAAUUCUCUCUGCUCAUAGUUCUGCCCAGAAGUUGAUGUCCAUCCCGGGAUCUCUCGGCCCUGUCUGGCCGGUUCUCAACUGUGUUCUGAAAGAAGGGGCGAAGAGGAAAGACGACACGCAGAAGACGGUCGUAGUGGCCGUGAGGUCGCUGGCUGCCGUGUUGUGUGUGGACGUGUGCCAACUGCUCCAGCCAGCCGUGAACGAAAUGGCUGAAGACGUGUGCCGGCCCUCUUUCACAGACCAGUCAAAACAGGCCAAACGCAUGUUCUGUGGUUUCAUCGGGAAGCUAUUCCUAGAUGCCGGCUAUUCUGUGAAUAACGACUAUGCCAUGGCCGUGGGGAAGAUUGUGAGGGGUUUUCUCAAUACGUGGUCCAAAUGUCCAGAGAAGAAAAACGAGGGGCAGUUGUUGGCAGAGGUGCAGUGCUUCGGGCAGCUCUGUCGGCAAAUUGGACCCACACUUGACGUGACUAACCGAGAGACGCUGGAACAGUAUUUCAAUGGCAUUGUCAAGAAAAAUAUUCUGACUAUCCAACUCGCGGAGUCUGUGCGAAGCUGCCUGCUGGACCUGGCUCUAGAGAGAGCAGCCGGCUGGAGGAAUGAGGAGGAGGAAGAGCGAGGAUGUAAAGUCCGACCUUAUGCGCAGUCCACCCCCACCCCAGCUGCCUUCUCUCAAGACACACCCACCCACUCGGUCAACGGGCAGCGAGUGAUCCAGCCUGUCCCAGUCAGCUCCGCUGGGAAGGCCCCUACCACUCCAUCAACACCAGCUACCCAUCAUCUGCAGCAGAUCUCCCAUCAGUCACCAGCCACUCCGUACACCCAGCCACACCCCAGCAUGCUGUCUUCAAGCUCGCUCUCCCUGCUCCACUCCUCCCACAACCUCCCUCAGUCACAGACAUCUCUCCCCCCUACCAGUGGUACCCCCACUCCGUUUCAGGCUGGUCUGCACCACCAUGUUACUCUACCUCCACUAACUGCCAACCAGCAGGCAAACAACGUACACGUGGAAGCUUCCUUCACAGAGGUGGAAACAAUGCUGCAUGUGCUUGGUCUCCGUCACCUCACAGACUGCUUCAAGAAUGCCAUGUUCAAUGACUCACUGAUCAAUGUGGGGAACAUGGAAUUUCUCCGAAGUGGGCUGAAAGAUGCGGGGCUCCACCCGGGAGAGGUGGUUGCAGUUCUUGACUAUCUGGAGAGAAGACAGAGGCCACGCCAAACAACCGAACCUCCGAGUCCCCCCUCUCCACACUCCUCCUCGACUUCUUCCGGUGCCCCCCAUGAUCAGCACCCCUCCGUUUCACGCCACCAUUCUCUACCUAACCACUCUGGUGGGACCGUCCACACACAACAGCAGUUUCCAAUCUCUCGCCAGAGCUCCUACCCUGACAUUCAUCCUUACAGUCCCUCUGGCCUGCCAAACACUCCCCACUACUCUCCCAGCAACCCUCAGCCUCAGUCGUUCUGUCAUAGCAACCCUCAGCUUCAGCCGUUCGGUCCUAGCAACCCUCAGCCUCAGUCAUACGGUCCUAACAACCCUCAGCCUCAGUCGUUUGGUCCUAGCAACCCUCAGUCUCAGUCGUUUGGUCCUAGCAACCCUCAGCCUCAGUCGUUCAGACCUCAAAGUUGCACACCUCAGUCACCUGCUGCAUCUGUGUCCUUCCCUCAUCAGAGUUCUCACAUCCACUACCCCCAUGUUCCUGUAGACAGCUACGACCUGGCAGCAGUUCCCCAGCAGAGCUACCGUCCGCCCAGCAACUACCCCUCUACUCCGCGUCCCUUCCCUCCCUCACUCCAACUCCACACCCUUCUUCCCUUCCCACUCAGUCGUCAUUUCCCCCUCCAUCAGCCCGCGGGUAUUCUCAGAAUGAGCCUCCCUCCUCCCCGGCCCUCUCUGCCACCCCAGUGGGCAGAGUCGAGACCCCACUGCCUGGCAGUCCAGCUCCCGUCAGGAAAUACGGGUUCGGCCAGUAUUCGUGUGUCCUCUGCCGAAGCAAGGAGCACUUCACGUCUGGAAGUAUACAACUAUGGAGUGGUGGUGGACGCAGGAAGCAGCAGCAGUAAGGUGCAGCUGUACCGCUGGCCACCUCACACGGGGAACCCUGCCUCUCUCCUCAACAUCCAGCCAAUUAGUGACGAGUAUGGCUUUCCACUCAGGAAGAAAGUUGAGCCAGGUGUAGCUACGUACAGGGAGAACCCAGAGGAGGCCUACCAGAGCCUGGUACCGCUCCUGGACUUCGCCCGGAGCCACAUCCCGGAGCAGAAGUGGUCUCAGACCUCGCUCUACGUCCUGUGCACAGCUGGUAUGAGGUUCCUCGAGGAGGGAGACCAGGCGCUCAUCCUGGGCCACCUGGCACAGUCCAUCUCUCUCAACUACCCCUUCCACAUCCCUCAGGACGGAAUUCAGGUCAUCUCUGGACAGAUGGAAGGUGUGUACAGCUGGCUGACCAUCAACUACCUCCUGAACAGGUUUGAUCCUGAGCACCAUCACUUCAACUCUGAGAAAGCUUCGGGAGACGGAGGGGGUGUGGCAGUAGGGACUGUGGGGUCUCUCGAUAUGGGAGGUGCCUCCAUGCAGAUUGCAUUUGAAGUACCACCAAACUUGCUGCUGCCAGCCAACUCCACCCUCCCUCUACUGCAGGUGGACACGCCGGCCUCCCAGACGGUCGACAUAAACCUGGGCUGUGGGGUGCAGGACUCUAGACACAAGCACCGAGUCUACAUCAACACCUACCUCGGCUUUGGCUCCAACGAGGCCCUCAGACUAUACCGGAAACUCUUCUUUAGGAUCAACAGGAACAAAACUGUCUCAGAGGAGGUGGACGAUCCGUGUCUCCCAGCAAACCUGCGAGAAACUCUAACACUAGGUGACAAGACCCUAGCUCUCAGAGGCACGGGGAACUUCGAAUCCUGCCGGACAGCUCUCAGACCAGUACUGCACGGGAACGCCAGUGUCGAGUGCAGCGACCGGACGUGUAAAGUGACACGCCCAUUCACGAAACCUCCGGUCAAGUACACGAACAUGGAGUUCUUUGGAACGUCAGAGUUUUUCUACACAAUGAGGGACACCUUGAGAAUUGCCGGUCGAUACAGUGCCAGUGACUUUAGCAAGAGGGCCCAGGACUACUGUAAGACAGACUGGAGUUUACUUGAGGAGAGAUUCAAGCAGAACCUCUAUCCUUACGCUGAUCAACACCGCCUCAGGUCUCAAUGUGGCAAGUCGGCCUGGAUGUCACUCAUUCUCCACGAAGGGUUGGGAUUUCCACUGCAGGCAACUCGACUCACCACUGCUGCUGAGAUCAGUCAACACAACGUCCACUGGUCCCUCGGAGCGAUACUUUACCUCACCAGAUACCUCCCACUCAGAGAGAUCCAGCAACAGGCACUGCAGCAGAGUGUCUCACCGCUAGUCUCCACCCACCCUCCCUCCCUCCUCACCACUAUCACCGAGUCCUCCUUCCUCCUCCCCUGCAUCAUGGUUGUCAUGGUCGCUCUGACUCUCCUCAUCUGUCGCCACCGUCGACCACACCCCUCUCCUUCCUCCUCCUACUGUGGUCUUUACUCUCCCAGCUAUGCUGUGGGUGACCUCCUGGGGUCCGGUUCCCAGGCCUCCAUACACCGGAACCUCAGUUCCAGGAAACUCACCAUUGCUAUCCCCUAGCGGAGCUUUAUUUAAUAGGCUAAAUUAAUUUGCUUUUUAUAUCAUCAAUCAUCAUCAAUUAAUAUUUAUUGACCCUCAGUAUAUUAAUAUUGUGGCAACAUUCCAUUUAGCAAGUUGCAGAUUAAAUCAGUGG